AUGGCCGAUGAUGGAGUGAAUCCGAAGGCCUAUCCCUUGGCAGAUACAGCACUUUCACAGAAGAUACUCGACUUGAUACAGCAAGCGCUCAACUACAAACAACUCAGAAAGGGUGCAAAUGAAGUCACAAAAACACUGAAUAGAGGCAUCGCUGAGGUCAUUGUGAUGGCGGCCGAUGCAGAGCCCCUUGAAAUAUUGCUUCAUUUACCGUUGCUUUGUGAAGAUAAAAAUGUGCCGUACGUGUUUGUUCGUAGCAAAGCAGCGUUGGGACGUGCAUGCGGUGUCACACGACCAGUGAUAGCUGCGUCGAUUACUCAGAAUGAGGGAUCUCAAUUGAAGAGUCAAAUCCAAAAAAUUCGUGAAGAUGUCGAAAAACUUCUCAUUUAA